UAUCGCUCUUUCACCGUCAUAGACGUUUCAAGCGCACAGGAGUGAUACAUCCGUAAUCUCGCCGUGACAUCGCGCAAUCUCGAAAUUUCGCAUUUCACGCGCGAAAGAUAGAAGGAAUCACGAUCGCGCCUCGACCUUACAGAAACAUCAGACUUGUUAUUUCACCAGACGUGCCUUCCAAUCAGAUUUUUCGUCGUCGUGUGAUUUCAGCAAAAAAAGAACAGAGAAAUUGACGAAAGCACGGUUGUGUUGGUGACAUGCGAUUUCUCUUCGAUCUCACAGAGUUCGAAUGAAUUCUCCUAAAAGUGCAAUUAUGUUCGUGUUUGUGUUCGAGUAGUGCUCGAGUUUUCGUAUUAUACCGGAUAAGGGAAAACAAACGAGGAACACACGAUGGACACGGAAAAUCGACGAACAUUCGAUCUGAUUGACUCGGUCGUGUUCGUCGGAUUGUUGGGUAUAUCCGCACUCGUAGGCGUCUAUCAGUGUUACGCAUCUAGGAAGAAGGCGGACGCGGUAGGAGAAUACCUUGUGGGUGGACAAAAGAUGUCCAUAUUUCCGAUAAGCAUGUCACUAAUAGCAAGUUACGUGUCGGGCAUAGCGAUGCUGGGAUUGCCGGCCGAAAUGUAUGUGUACGGCACGCAAUUGUGGUGUAUCGUGAUCGCGGACACUUUUGUUUCCGUGACGAUGGUAAUCGUUUAUUUGCCAGUUUUCUACGGACUUCGAAUUACAUCGUCCUACGAGUACUUGGAGCUGAGAUUUAAUCGAGUGGUCAGACUCAUGGGAUCAGUUAUUUUCAUCAUUAAGAUGUUACUUUACAUACCACUGGUGAUAUAUGUACCGGCACUAGCUUUCAAUCAGGCUACCGGGAUAGACCUCUACACGAUCGCCCUACUGGUAUGCGCCGUAUGCAUUUUCUACACGACGCUGGGUGGCUUGAAGGCGGUCGUAUGGACGGAUACUAUUCAAACGGUGAUGAUGUUCGGUGCCGUUAUCGUCGUUGUUGUACUCGGCACCAACAGAGUUGGUGGCGUGGCGGAGGUGUGGAAGAGGAAUUUCGAUACUGGGAGAAUUGAAUUUUUCAACAUGGAUCCAGAUCCUACGGUGAGACACACUUUUUGGACUGUGGUGUUCGGCAGCUAUUUAAAUUGGUUAGCCACGUGCUCAGUGAAUCAAGCGAUGGUGCAGCGCUGCCUGGCGAUGCCGAAUCUGAAGAAGUCCAAUGUGGCGAUUAUGAUAAUGGCCGUAGGUAUAAUCAGCAUCGUCUCGUUGUGUUGCUACACAGGAAUCGUUAUUUUCGCGGCCUUCUACGAAUGCGAUCCGGUCACGACGAAGCAAAUACGGAAGCCCGAUCAAUUGUUGCCGUAUUUUGUGAUGGAACUGUCGCACGCGAUACCAGGUUUGCCUGGAUUGUUCGUUUCUGGUGUUUUUAGUGCUGCGUUAAGCACAAUGUCGACGGGAUUAAAUUCCAUGUCGGGUGUGAUCUAUGAAGACAUGAUCAAGCCGUGUUUCCGUAAUCCGAUCUCCAACGUUGGCGCGAGCCGCAUAAUGAAAGCCACAGUUGUGAUAAUAGGAGCCAUUUGCGUAGGUCUGGUCUUUAUGGUGGAGAAACUGAGCGGUCUGAUUCAAGCCGGAAGAAGUUUGUCGGGUAUAACUGCAGGACCAUUACUCGGGAUGUUCACGUUGGGCAUGUUCUUUCCGAUGGCAAAUUCUACGGGAGCACUCGUCGGUGCGCUAGUCAGUCUCAACUUAGUUGCUUGGAUCUCUUUCGGUACACAAGCUGCGAUCUCCAAUGGAUCGAUUUUUUUCCCCGUGAAGCCGGUAUCGGUGGAAGGUUGUUCCGAGUUGCUGAGGAGCACCGCUGGAAAUUUCACAUUGAUCAUCGAGAACGCCGUUAGGGAACAGCCUUUUUUUCUGUACAGAAUGUCGUAUCUCUGGUACACGUGGGUGGGUUUCCUAACUACAAUUCUGGUGGGCCUAGUGGUAUCGUGGUUUACGGGUCCACAUAAGUACAGUUACGCAGACAAGAGAUUAUUUACACCAGUUAUACAUGGUCUCUUGCGUUCGCGAGUUUCUCCGAAAGCGAACGAGGCUGAACUCACGAAAAUAACGAACGAUACGAGCGACACGACGGCGCAGAUUUCUUCAAAAUGCUAGCGAUCGUUCUGUUCCAUCACCGAUCCAGCUAGAUGAGAUUUGCACUCGCGGGGAUUAAAUCUAUAUUCGUCCGAGUUUGCUUUUUAAUUUCGGUAUCUUGUAAAAUUAUACGUUGCGGAGUAAUUGACACAUCGUUUGUAAUAUUUUUUAAUUCUUCAAUCGUCCAUCGUGCAUAAUCAUCAGUUAUUACAAUACAUACAAAUCGAAACUAC